GUCAAGAGUAACGCCCCUUAGCAACUCUUCAGUUGUUUAGGAAUUCUCCAAAUUAUUUAGGGAAGAAAAUCUAAAAUAUUUUAGCAAAAUCGAGAAGCUAAAAAGAAAAAAAUAUAAAAGAAGGCAUGGGUCCAAGGGCUGUAACCUUCUCAGAAGAGGAUAAAGCCAUUGUAAACAAGCUAAAUGGGCUUCUCGACCAGCUUCAUGUUCCAAGCCGUAUUAACACAGUAGCUGACAUUGGUGCUGGUGUAUUCGUCACAUUGUAUGAAGGUCUGUGUGGAGAACAACUUCCAGGUAUAAUAAGGUCUGCUAACACCAGAGAAGAUGAAAUUCAUAACUGUCAGAUAGUGAUAGACUCACUAGCAGGAGAUGUUUUACACACGUCCCUGACUCACAUCGGUGGUGCCGACGUUAUUGAUGGGAACCGAGAAGGAAUAAAUAACCUGGUUGAGAUAUUUUCCGGUCUUCUAGAGUACAUGCUAAACAAGAUUGAUAGUGACGCUUCCACUGAUAAUGAGGAAGAUGGCCAUAACCUAACAGCUGAUGACCCAGAUCUGAUCACGCGGGACCAGAUAGAUGAAAUUCUUGAGUCAGAACUGCGAAGAGAGAGACUGUUGAAUGAGGCAACUGGAAUAAAAAAUGCUGGCCCGACAGCGAGAUGGGUUGAAGAGUCUAGCCCGUCAAGGAGAAGGCGUGGAGAAGAUAGAGAUGGUCUCGAUUUAACAAUUGAAGAUUUGUCGCUAACUCCAUCAAAAGAUAAAGUGGAAUCAACAGCAGAUUUGAUCAGAGAAACGGAAGAGUUGGAGAGACGUCUCUUGGAGGAGAGAAGAAUACUCGAGGAAACUAAAAGACAGAAAGAAAGACUGCUCAGCAGUUUGUCUGAAAGAGAAUCAAGAUUAAGUGAAGAAGCUGUGAGAUUCCCAGAACCCCACAUUUCACAACCACAGGUCUCAGAUAAAGGGAGACAAUCUCCAAUUGUUACAGAUAAACCGCCAAUGAGUGAAGGUUUAGUAAGGGAACGUGAAAGUCGAGCUGAUAUAAUCCGGCGUCUUGAGAACGAUCCUCGGUACAGGUACAUGUUACCACCGACCCAUGCUGAAACACACGCCCACGAUCAGGAAACGGAUGAAACUUUCAGAAAUCUACAGAAUAUGGUAGAAGAAACAGCAGCCAUGGCACGUGAGGCCGUAGAUUGCAGUCCAUCACGUGCAAAGUCCAUGUUAGAGAAUCUGGAAGCAGUCAAUUCACAAAGAAGGGCUGUUGCUGCUUCAAAAUCUCCAUACAGAGGUCAGACAAGGUCAGGGGUCAGAGGAAGGUCAGAGGUCACUGCUAGGUCAAGGAGAGAACAACAAGAUCUUAGACAGAGAACAAACAAGCGUGCCUCACCCUCUGCCAGGAAACCUAGUCCAAAAACAGCGGAUAAACUUUCUGAUAAUGAGCUUUCUCCAAGCCGAGCCAAGAGGAAAGUGUCAUUCCUGGUGGAGAGGUCAUUGACAGAGUCUAGUCCAAGUAUUGGGAAGCCUAGCCCUGAAAAGGGAAGAACUGGUGCCAAAUCACGAAGUUCAGCAGCUGCUAGUGGGAGUUAUCUGUCCUUUGAAGAUAUUUACAGUGAUAAAGAGAACACAAGUUAUGAACACAGGCUAAAGAAGCAGAGUUUAGAGUUCAAGGUUAUGAAGAAAUUGUCUAAGCUCAGACUCAGAUCUCAGGUACCCAUGACAUUUUGGCCCGAUCUGUCUGACGAUGGUUUCCCGGAAAGGUUCCGGGUCAGCUGCUAUUACAGAAAGACAAAUUACAAAGAAACUUACCAACAGACCAAGAGAGCUCUCUAUACUGUUGGAGAUACUCAAAAAUUGUUAAGCCAGGAGAAGAAAACUGGCAAGAAAAAAAUUGGGGAGAAGGAAUAUCAGAAAAAGAUGAUAUCAGGGGUUAAAAGCAAGCCAAAAGAGGAAAAAGAAGGGCCAUCAGUGUUAAAGAAGAAAACACGAAGAGCUCAGCCCAAGGCAGUCAGUAGUAAAGUAAGGAAAGCAGCUCCUGGAACUAGCCUUGUUAAACCUCAAAAGAAAACUUUAACUAUAAAAGAUGAUGAUGAUAUAUUACCAAUGUUAUUAGAAGAGUUCCCACAUUUACACCUAUCCCUUCACACUUGGCACGAGUUAUGGCGGAAAGGUCUAACACAGAUUGAACAAGUUACCCGUGCACAUCAAGAAGUUAGGAGGAAAAAAUCUCAUGCUCAAAAUCAGCUGGAAGAGGCAGAAAAGAGACAAGAAAUCUUAGUAAAUAUCAUGAAAAAAGAGCUGGAACAUAACCAAAGACUGAAAGAGAUUAAGGAACAACAGGCCAGUGCUAUAUCUUCACGUAACAAGAUUCACGAGAGACGUAUGCAGUCGGCGAGAUCACAGCAUUAUUACGACGAGUAUCAAGUCAGAAUGAGAUCUAAAAUGUUGAAAAGAAGAACGAGAGAAGAAAUGGUAUUUAAAAAGCUGUUUAAAGAUGGUUUAGAGAUACAGAAAGAGAGAAUUUCCGAGUUGAGAAAGUAUGCCAAGGAACAGAGAGAUUCUCAGGCCAAAUCACAGAGAAACGAGAUUGAAUCCAUGGAAAACUAUUAUCGUGACCAGUUCCAGAUGUUAGCAGAGAACAUUUCCAAGGAAAAGAAGGAAUUAGAAACAAGAGAAAAAGCUCAACAUAAGGCAUUGUCAACGAUGAAGAAAGAUUUACGGAAGAAGAUGGAAGGGGAGAUCAAGUUACUGCAAGAGCAGUUAGUACGGGACGAUGAUGAUACAUACUUCCGUCAGCUUGACGCUGAUAGAGUUAUACAGGACCUCAAGAUGGCCAAAUAUCAAGUGCGGAUCUAAUAUGACUGCUGUUUUAAUAUAUGUGACAAGCUCAACAAAUUUUUGGCCCAAACGGGUUAUCUGGUCAAAAAUGAUUAACAACCAUUUUUAAGGUAGAUCGACAUCUGCUGAUUUGCUGGAAACAGAUAUUUUUGAAACACGUGAUUUUUUGUGUGCACUCGCUGACCAUUCUCCUGAGUUGACUCAGUGCAAAUUUUUAGUUUAAAUAUAAAUUUUUGUUGAAAGCAGUAAAUAUUUGGAAUAUGACAAAGGCUGUUCAAAAAGUAUCUUUUUGACUUUUACUUGUUUACUUUUAUCCUGACAAUUUUAAAGUACGUGUAGAGGUAUAUACACAAUUUUCAGGAAAAAAUACACAUGCAAAAAAUUGUAUGACUUUGCAAGCGUUUUUCCUCUCGAUGACUAAAAACACAUUUGGGCGAAAAUCGAUGAGUGCGUCACAAGUAAUAGUGUCAGAUAUAUCUCUAGCCUUGAACUUGUCAUUUAUUGUUAUAUUGUUUCAUGACUCAUUUUGUGCAAACCUUGCAUUUAGUUGGACAUUUUAGAACAGAAAAUCAUAAUUUUCAAAUAACAAGAAAUACAUUUUUAUGGAGUAUAUUUUGUUGAGGGAGCGAUUGAUCCAUAAUUGUCUCUUUAAAAAGUGCUUUAGUUGAUACAUCAGAUUUGAAGUACUCUGUGGUUUUUGAAAUUUCAGGGAUGUGGGGAUGGGGGAGUAUUUUUUUGAGUAAAUUUUAUAAAGAAAAUAUUUUGGGAAAGGGGGGUGGAAUUUUUGACUGAAAUUAUUCCUGAUACCAGUUUCCAGAGUUAAUACAUGAUGGUUUAGAAGAUUUUAUUGUGCCCCCACGUUAGUGGCGGGCAUUUAGAUUUACCCUUGUCCGUCUGUCCGUCCGUCCUUCCGUCCGUCCUUCCGUCCGUCCGUCCGUCCGUUCACUUUUGUGUCGCACGUAACUCAAAAAGUAAUUGACAUAGAGUCAUGAAACUUUACAGGAAUGUUGAUCAGCAUGUGUAGUUGUGCACCUGGGUAUUUUCGUCUGGAUAUUUUUAGUAUUUUCAGAGUUAUUGCCCUUGACUUAGUAAAAUUUUGCAAUUUUCAACUUGUGUCGCAUGUAACUCAAAAAGUAUUUGACCUAGAGUGAUGAAACUUUACAGGAAUGUUGAUCAGCAUGUGUUGUUGUGCACCUGGGUAUUUUCGUCUGGAUAUUUUUAGUAUUUUCAGAGUUAUUGCCCUUGACUUAGUAAAAUUUUGCAAUUUUCAACUAGUGUCGCAUGUUACUCAAAAAGUAUUUGACCUGGAGUCAUGAAACUUUACAGAAAUGUUGAUCAGCAUGUGUAGUUGUGCACCUGGGUAUUUUCGUCUGGAUAUUUUCAGUAUUUGUAGAGUUAUUGCCCUUGACUUAGUAAAAUUUUGCAAUUUUCAACUUGUGUCGCAUGUAACUCAAAAAGUAUUUGACCUAGAGUGAUGAAACUUUACAGGAAUGUUGAUCAGCAUGUGUUGUUGUGCACCUGGGUAUUUUGGUCUGGAUAUUUUUAGUAUUUUCAGAGUUAUUGCCCUUGACUUAGUAAAAUUUUGCAAUUUUCAACUUGUGUCGCAUGUAACUCAAAAAGUAUUUGACCUGGAGUCAUGAAACUUUACAGGAAUGUUGAUCAGCAUGUGCAGUUGUGCAUCAGAUAUUUUCGUCUGGAUUUAUUUAGUAUUUUUAGAGUUAUUGCCCUUCACUUAGAAAAUUUUUGCAAUUUUCAACUUGUGUCGCAAGUUACUCAAAAAGGAUUUGACAUAGUCAUUAAUUAAACCUUAUGGGCAGGUUGCUCAGCAUAUUUAGAUUUGCACCUUGGGUUUUGCUUGUGGAUUUAUCCAGUAUUUGUAGAGUUAUUUCCCUUGACUUAGUAAAAAGAUUGACAGAACAGUGGCGCGGUGGGGGCACCCGUGUCCUAUGGACACAUUUCUAGUUUUAACAAAUAUUUGCAAGAUUUAAAUUCCCAUGGAUAAAUAUGGGGUCAAAGAGGUUCUAUUUUUAUUUCAUGUUUGCUUUAAUAAACAUUUAUUUAAUGUCCGUAAACUCAAACUAUUGUUCUUGUCUGACAGUUGUUAAGUAUAAAAAAACAAAAACAAGAUGACAUAGAAUGCAUGUGUUAAUUGAUAAUUAUUUUUGCAUGUCAAGAGCCAUUAGAUUUUUACAAAUAUUUGAUAAUUUUAAAGGCUAGAGUUGUGUUUGGCAUGUCUUUCACCCUGUGAUAUUUUUAUUGUGUUAUUUUU